CUGUGACCAGGACGGGGCGUUUUGCGCACAUGGCACAGCCCCCUAUAAGGAGGCUGCACCAAUCGCCUCCAUCUGACCAGAAUUAAGUGUCAAACGGAGCUCCUCUCUCACACUCCGGAUCCCAUCAUAACUUUGGAGAGGUGGGAAAACCGCGCUGACAUCUCUUUCCAGUUUCACAGGCGCUGCGACAGGGACGCGCAGCCGGUGACUCCAUGGAGAAAUCCAAGAACUUUCGCAUUGACGCGAUUUUAGCCGUCGAUACACCAAAGAUGCAGACGUCACCGCUCGCGCUUGUGACUUCCCUGUCUUCAUCCUCCUCUUCCCCCUCCAUCCCGACCUCUGGGAGCGUGGCAGCGCCGGAGCUGAGCACCAGCGCCGACUCUUUACGCGCCGAGACGCCGUCUCCUCCGAGGAUUUCCACCUGCGGGUUGAUUCCUAAGCCAGGCUUCCUCAACAGCCCGCACGGCAUGGUGGGACUACACCCGCAGAGCACCGCAGGGAUCCCGGCUCAGGCUCUUUAUGGACAUCCCAUGUACACCUACUCCGCUGCUGCGCUCACAGGCCAACACCCUGCGCUGUCCUACUCCUACCCACACGGCUCACAUCACCACCACAGCGAUCCCAUCAAAUUAACAGCCAGCACUUUUCAGCUGGACCACUGGCUCCGCGUCUCCACAGCUGGGAUGAUGCUUCCAAAGAUGUCUGACUUUAACUCCCAGGCCCAGUCCAACCUGCUCGGGAAAUGCAGAAGACCGAGGACAGCUUUCACGAGUCAGCAGCUGCUGGAACUGGAGCAUCAGUUCAAACUGAACAAGUAUUUGUCCCGACCAAAGCGCUUUGAGGUGGCCACGUCCCUGAUGCUGACAGAAACGCAGGUCAAAAUCUGGUUCCAGAACAGACGCAUGAAGUGGAAGCGCAGCAAGAAGGCCAAAGAGCAGGCCGCCCAGGAGGCCGAGAAGCAAAAAGGAGCCAAGAGCGGCCAGGAAAAAACGGACGGACUCGAUCAGUCGGACUAUCACGCCAAGACAGACUCGAGGAACGGCAGGAUACGAGACUUCAGGGACAGUGACGACGAGGAGGGCGACUCCUUCCUCUACAACUCUUCAGACUGCUCUUCAGACGACGAGCGGAAUCACAACAGCGACAUCAGCCCGCAGCCCUGAAGCUGCACAAAACAAGAACUUUUCUUCUUCUUUUGUGGAAACACUUGCAUGUAAUUCAUUCACUCCUCCUCAUUAAUUUAAAACAGAUGUUUUUUGAAAGCAGGUUUUCUGUUUCCAGCAUCCUGUUGCGCUCGGCUGUGAUCUGUGAAGCUGCAUGGCUCUGAAACUCACUCAGGAUUUGCAGAAUUUACCAGAUUUUUUUCUUUUUUUUACAUUUUAUUGCAUUUAUCUAUUUUUGUGACGCCAAAAACUCCUGGUAAACCUCUUAUUGUUUAUUUUUCUAAAAUGUAUUUAAAAAUGGAACUCAUACAGGUGCAUGCAUAUUGUUUAGUCUGUCAAAACAAUGAAAAAAUAAAGACUUUUCUACUAAAAGUGAGCAGCAGCUUAUUGUGGCUGCAUGAAUCUAGGGACUGUAUUCCUUCAAAGGAGCUAAGUGCUGCAUGCAUGCAUCUAAAAUGAUGAAGACUGUGUUCUUUCAAAGAGGACAAGUGUAAAGAAGACAGGACUUCACAGUCCCUGGAUUCAUGAUUUACUGGAGCAAGCUUCAGCCGGCUGUUUUUUCCUCUGACAGCUCGGGUCAUGGGAAUCACUGUUAAUAGCGCUGUCGGAUCUGUGCAAACGUGCAGCGAGAGCAAACAGCAAGUAGGUAGCGAGACGCAGGAAACAUUUCACACCCCACUAGCAAUGGACUCGUAUUAAUAAAGCCCUUUAAAAGGCGUGUUCAGUGCGGUUUUGGCCGCAGGGUGAGGCCUGAAAUCAUUUUCAAGUCAUGACCUGACAAAAAAAAAAAUAAAA